AUGCGUCUGGGGCCCUAUGCGUCUGGGGCCCUAUGCGUCUGGGGCCCUAUGCGUCUGGGGCCCUGGCGUCUGGGGCCCUGGGCGUCUGGGGCCCUGGGCGUCUGGGGCCCUGGGCGUCUGGGGCCCUAUGCGUCUGGGGCCCUGGGCGUCUGGGGCCCUAUGCGUCUGGGGCCCUGGGCGUCUGGGGCCCUAUGCGUCUGGGGCCCUAUGCGUCUGGGGCCCUGGGCGUCUGGGGCCCUAUGCGUCUGGGGCCCUGUGCGUCUGGGGCCCUAUGCGUCUGGGUCCCUGUGCGUCUGGGUCCCCGGGCGUCUGGGUCCCCGGGCGUCUGGGGCCCUAUGCGUCUGGGGCCCUAUGCGUCUGGGGCCCUGGGCGUCUGGGGCCCUGGGCGUCUGGGGCCCUAUGCGUCUGGGGCCCUGGGCGUCUGGGGCCCUGGGCGUCUGGGGCCCUAUGCGUCUGGGGCCCUGGGCGUCUGGGGCCCUGGGCGUCUGGGGCCCUAUGCGUCUGGGGCCCUGGGCGUCUGGGGCCCUGGGCGUCUGGGGCCCUAUGCGUCUGGGGCCCUAUGCGUCUGGGGCCCUGGGCGUCUGGGGCCCUGGGCGUCUGGGGCCCUGGGCGUCUGGGGCCCUAUGCGUCUGGGGCCCUGGGGUCUGGGGCCCUGGGCGUCUGGGGCCCUAUGCGUCUGGGGCCCUGGGCGUCUGGGGCCCUGGGCGUCUGGGGCCCUAUGCGUCUGGGGCCCUGGGGUCUGGGGCCCUGGGCGUCUGGGGCCCUAUGCGUCUGGGGCCCUCGGGGCCCUAUGCGUCUGGGGCCUGGGCGUCUGGGGCCCUGGGCGUCUGGGGCCCUGGGCGUCUGGGGCCCUAUGCGUCUGGGGCCCUGGGCGUCUGGGGCCCUAUGCGUCUGGGGCCCUGGGCGUCUGGGGCCCUGGGCGUCUGGGGCCCUAUGCGUCUGGGGCCCUAUGCGUCUGGGGCCCUGGGCGUCUGGGGCCCUAUGCGUCUGGGGCCCUAUGCGUCUGGGGCCCUGGGCGUCUGGGGCCCUGGGCGUCUGGGGCCCUAUGCGUCUGGGGCCCUAUGCGUCUGGGGCCCUAUGCGUCUGGGUCCCGGGCGUCUGGGGCCCUGGGCGUCUGGGGCCCUAUGCGUCUGGGGCCCUGGGCGUCUGGGGCCCUGGGCGUCUGGGGCCCUAUGCGUCUGGGGCCCUAUGCGUCUGGGGCCCUAUGCGGUCUGGGUCCCCGGGCGUCUGGGGCCCUGGGCGUCUGGGGCCCUGGGCGUCUGGGUCCCCAGGCGUCUGGGGCCCUAUGCGUCUGGGGCCCUGGGCGUCUGGGGCCCUGGGCGUCUGGGUCCCCAGGCGUCUGGGGCCCUAUGCGUCUGGGGCCCUAUGCGUCUGGGUCCCCGGGCGUCUGGGUCCCCGGGCGUCUGGGGCCCUAUGCGUCUGGGGCCCUGGGCGUCUGGGGCCCUAUGCGUCUGGGGCCCUAUGCGUCUGGGGCCCUGGGCGUCUGGGGCCCUAUGCGUCUGGGGCCCUAUGCGUCUGGGGCCCAUGUUAUGA